AUGGUGGAGGAUACUUAUUACAGCCUGAGCAUUAUUUUCAGGUUUGCGGUGGCAUCCGAAGCACAGUUUCUCGACAAGUUGCAGCAUCUGCUUGAACAAGACAUGCAACCCGCGGUCCUCGCACAAACAGACUUUGAUAAGAGACUGACGAUGUGGAACUUGGUACACAACAAGCAGAUCCUUGAUCGGCACGUCCAGAAUCUGGAAGAGAUAUGUGACUUUCUGGAGGCAAAAGACAGCAACAGUUGGGCCACGGCCAAAUCAGUUGGUGUGCUAGAGAAGGCCGGCAUGGUCAAUAGACUGAUAGAACGCGACUACCAGAAGAUGAGGCGCCGGGCUAUCAAGUUGAGUGAGGACUACUGGCAGAAUACAUCGAUGCUUGCAAAUGCUGCUAUGAUUGACGAUUCUCAGAGGGCCAUCUCUCAAGGAGAAAUUGUGAGAAAAUUGUCGACUUUGGGGUUCUUCUUCUUGCCAUUGUCAUUCUCGACAUCGAUAUUCGGCAUGAAUCUGCAGGAGUUGAACGAAGGCAGCUAUACGAAACUUGGUGUUUGGAUAGCCAUUGCUGCAGCAUCUCUCCUCCUCGCCUACUUGAUGCUUCGAUGGUCCUCUCAUCGCCAGACGAUGCUUGGAUCGUGGCGAAAGUUGAGAGCAGUGUACAACCCUAGCAAUGUGUAG